AUGUUCUAUAUCUGGAAGAUCACCGGCCCAACCGUCGCUAUCGUUCGGACAGAAUACAUUCAAAAUGGUAUAUCACCGGUUGAUAUCCGCCUUGAUUACUGCUGUUGCAAAAUUUCGGCUGUCCGCGCUGCUGCGACUCCUCUGGACAACGACGUCAUCACGAAACGACAGGAAGCCUCGGCCCCUGAGCCACCCGAUGAGAUCGACAUGUCGGGAGACAGGUGCUGGAUGGAAGGAGAUGUGGUCCAGACCCAGAAUGCCCCUAAGGACUGGAUGUAUGGAGCUAGAUUGAGUGCUUUGGCCGCGUGGAGCCACGUGGCUCAGGAUGACCUUGUCAAGAUGUUUGAACCUGGGGAAUGGUGCCUCUUGAGGAGCGGAACCAAUCUCACCAUCAAAGCCAACAAAGCUGACGUCGAACCAUACAAGGUUGACGGUCAGGCGUACAAGGACUUGGUUGCCGAACUCGAGUCCACUCGCUUGCGUCAAGACUUCAACGGUAAACCUUUAGAGGGCGGCUUACCUGGUCAGGUUGUUCAGAUACGUGCAACCUAUUGGGCAUACCUGUUGGGCAAAGCGAUGCGACAGUGGCACCCCUACAACGAGAGUCGAGAACAAGAUGUCCAGCUCGAGGACUUGGAGGAGCAUGCUAUUGCCUACCUUAGCCUUUUGACUGGAGAAGAAUGUGCUGCGACAGGAGAUAUCACAGAUCAAGCUCAACAGGAUAUCGCAAAGAAGAUCAUUGGGAAAGCAGGCGAUACUCCCGUCAUUGUGAUUCUUCCGAAUUCCCACGUGGAUUACCAGGGCGUCUUCCCCGUUACUUCUGGAAAUUUCGACGGAGCCAAGGGAGGCUAUACGAUCUGGGAUUACAGGGAAGGGAUUUUCGAAGACAUCGACUUUAAAUACAGGAUUCCAAUGAAGGUCAUCUACAUCAAGGGAGCUGAAGGGGAUGACGAGAAUGGAAGUUGGAACAAGUACUCCAAAGGGUCGCAGGAUGCGGCCUAG